GUGUCAAAGCGGUGGUGCACUCUCGACGCUCUUUCUUGUGAUUUUACCAGCCAAAUCAAACUUGUGUCCAUUUCUACGUCUCCCGAAUUUCCCCAACUUCUUUCAAAGUUUGCCAAUUGAUUUCUUGAUUUCUAGUUUGACUCUUUGAUCUUUCUCAAGACGAUGAUGCACCGGUGUUAUUUUCGGUGUUUUAGCAGCUCGGUCGGGUCCGCUGUGCCCAAAAUAAAAGAUGUUGAACACGGCUACAAGGUGUUCGACCAAAUGCUUCAAGGUGUUUUGACAGUUCCGUCGGGUCGUCUGCCUCCGGUUGUGAGAUUGACUCAGGUGAUGAGUCACCUUAUGAGAUUGAAGCACUAUUCCGCUGUCAUCACCAUGAGUAGACGCAUGCUUCUCUCCGGAAUCCGUCCGGAUACGUAUACUCUAAACAUGAUGAUUAAUUGCUUUUGCCGUCUAAAUCGAAUGGAGUUUACCAUGUCUGUUGUGGGACACUUCGUCAAAUCGGGUCUUCAACCAGACGUCACCACAUACAACACUCUAAUCAACGGCUUUGUUCUGACCAAUAGAAUUCCAGAGGCCGUAUCUAUUUUCAACAACAUGUUGAAGGGAAGUCAUUGUGUGCCUGAUGUGGUUACGUACAACACACUGAUCAAGGGACUUUGCAGGAGCGGUGAAAACAAUGCAGCUGUUCAAUUGCUCAGGAAGAUGGGAGAAAGAGCCGACACAGUUUCUUAUAGCACGAUCAUCGACAGUUUCUGCAAGAACUUUCUACUUGAUCAUGCACAUAACCUUUUUUCUGAAAUGAUCAGUAGGGGCAUUGUGCCAAAUGUUGUUACUUACAACUCUUUAGUUCAAGGAGUUUGCAGCAUUGGUCAGUGGGACGAAGCUGAAAGGCUGUUGAAAGAAAUGUUGAGUAUGAAUAUCUGUCCUGAUAUAGUCACCUACAGUGUGUUAAUUGACGGAUUUUGUAAGGAGGGCAGGGUGGUGUGCGCCAAAGAUGUGGUUGAAAUGAUGAUAAAAAAGGGUACUGAGCCUGAUGUGAUUACCUACAGUUCACUGAUGGAUGGUUAUUGCCUGCGAGGUGAAAUGGAGGAAGCGAGAAAAGUGUUUGAUCUAAUGCUCAGAAAAGGCAUCAUGGUCAAUGUUCAUGCUUGCAACAUACUGAUAAAUGGAUACUGUAAACAUAAAAACGUUUAUCAGGCCAAGCUGGUUCUUGAUGAAAUGGUUCAUUUGAAACUUGUUCCGGAUAAAGUUACUUUCAAUACUCUAAUUGACGGUUUUUAUAAAGCCGGGAGAAUGCAAGAAGCAGGAGAGUUAUUCUCUGAGAUGGUAAGUUGUGGGCAACAUCCAGAUGAGAAAACUUUUGCCAUUGUGUUUGAUGGCCUAUGCAACAACAACCAACUUGCAUCGGCAGUGGAUGUGCUUAGAGAUAUGGAAAAGUACAAGUUGCAACCAGAUAUUGUAUUGUACACCGUCAUCAUUGAAGGUUUGUGCAAAGGUGGAAAACUUGAAUCCGCAAUAGAUAUCUUCACUAAUUUGUCAUCAAAAGGACUUCAGCCUAAUGUGUGGGCAUAUUCUGUGAUGAUUGAUGGACUUUGUAACGGAGGCCUAUUGCUUGAAGCAGAAAAGUUAUUCAGAGAAAUGGGAACAAAAGGAUGUCCUCCAAAUGGUUGUACCUAUAACACCCUUAUUCGAGGAUUUAUCAAGAACAACGAUAUAUCCAAGGGUGUGGGACUUAUUGAAGAGAUGACAGAGAUGGGGUUCCCUGCAGAUGCAUCAACUACUGAAUUGGUGAUCAAUUUGUUGUCUGAAGAAAAAGUACACCCAGCUCUGUUGUCAUUUUUUUAA